GACAGAUUUACCUCAUCUCAAACUCAUUUACGACGUACCGUACUGCAGUUUAUUUACAUGUCUCUGUUCUUCCUGCCCUGAAAAUAUGUUCAAGAAGAAACCGCGAAGAAAUUUUAGGCAAAGAAAGGGAGAAUCAACUGACGAAGAUGAACAGAACGGAGAAUCCGAUGGAAGUAGAACACAAGCGUCCGCUGAUAGAACGAAACCCUCUACGUUGCCGCAUAACCGGGGGGUCAAAUUUAGUUCGAAGGGAGAACGAAACAAGUCGGACUCGAGUUCUGAAGACGUGGGAGAAGUUCAUGAAACGUUCUCAAAUACUAUAAUAUCGCAUCACAGCAAAGAGUGCAAGGAUGAACGACAGAAGAAAGAAAAUGUUCUCAGCUUCUCUGAUGAUAAGGAUGUAUCUGAGUUCAAGUUGAAGAAAUCGUCAGAGAAGGCUGUGGUCUUCCAAGCCAGAAGGAAAGAAGCUUCCCCUGCAAAGACGUCCAACAUUAAUGCAAGGAGAGAUGUGACUGUGGUGGCGUCCCCAAGAGAGAGGUCCGAUAGCGACGUCUCAGGAGAAGAACUGUCCCCAGAGAGUGACGGAGAUGACAAGUCGACCAUGUCCAGCUCUGCCUCCUCUGUGUCAAGCAGCUCCUCCAAGUCCUCCACUCAGAAACAUAAACCAGUGGUGAUCCCAGAUGCGAGGAGUAUCCAGGCUGCCAGGAGGCGCCGUCAGCAGGCCAGGGCCCAGACAGACUACAUCUCCCUGGGGAGAAAUGGUGAGAGCUCCCCAAGGACGCCGGACCACCAGGACCUCGAGGAACGCAGCGAUGACAACUGUGACGACGACGAGCCCGACGACCACGAGCGCAGGAUCGAGUUCGCCCCACGGUCUAAAACCAUCAGGGAACGGAUUGCAGAGAAGAUGGGAGCCAGUAAUAGUGAUGACAGUGGCUCCGAUGACCAGGAGAGAGAAGACAACACCUUAUGGGAAGAGCAACAGAUCGGGAAGGGCGUUAAGAGACAGCCCGGGGAGCAGAGUCCGUCAGGCAGUGAAGGGAGCGGCUCUGUGCGGAGCAGCAGGAGCAGGCGGAAGCAGAGAGUAGACAUCCCAGAGUGUCUGCCUCCUGUCAGCCUCAGCAUGGUCAAAAAGAGGAUCGCUGGAAAGCUGUCUGAUCUCCGGGAGGUCCACAGGGCGCACGAGGCAGAACUGCGGAGGAUGGAGUGGGACAUGGAAAGCUCUAGAACGUCUCUGGAGAACCUUGAGAGCGGCUCCGCCGACAGCCAGCUACGGUUCUACCGCACCACCAACGCCUACGUUCAGAAUCUAGUGGAAUGUCUGCGAGAGAAGGUGGUGGAGAUCAACAGCGUUGAGGUGGACAUGCACACUCUGCUGUCUGAACAGGCAGACGCGCUGUUGUCAAGGAGACGGGAGGCCGUGCAUCAGGAGUCAUCUCGCCUACAGCAGCUCAGCUAUGCCACUGAUCCACCUGAUGAAGGUGGCUCAGAGAAAAGCGAGAAUGAAGAGCCAAAUAAAAGUGAGGAAGACAAUGAAUGCCUGCUGCCCGACAGUAAGUCUUCACCUGAGGAAGAGGCCGAAGUGCAGAAGGAGCGAGCGGCGAUCAUGGUGCGGUGCCAGGGUGUGUUCAGCGACGUGCAGGAGGACUUCUGGGAUGUGAAGAGAGUUCUGUCUCGAUUCGACGAGUGGAGGAGAGCCUUCUCAGAGACCUACCACUCUGCCUACAUCAGCCUCUGUCUGCCAAAGUUACUCAACCCACUCAUCAGGCACCAGCUGAUAGGCUGGAACCCCUUACAGGCUGCUGCGGAGGACUUUGAAGCUCUGCCGUGGUUCUCUGCUGUGGAGACCUUCUGUCACGGACAGGGAUACCAGGAGGCAGAGCACACGGACCGGAAAACACAGCCUGCUAUCAUAGAGAAGACUCUGCUGCCCAAGAUACAAGGUUUUGUGGAGUUGGUGUGGGACCCUUUGUCCAGCCGUCAGUCUUUGUGUCUGUCUGCAUUGUGUUGCAGGCUGCAGGAAGACUACUCUUUGUUUGAGGGAGAACAGAGCAAGCCAGUCAAGGCUUUUCUAGAAGCUGUGAGUGAGAGAUUGAGGAGUUUUGUGGAUGAUGACAUCUUCAUUCCUCUUUACCCUAAGAAGUUUUUAGACGACAAGUCAUCUCCCCAGAGGAGGUUCAGAGACCAGCAGUUUUGGACAGCUGUGAAGCUCUUAGGUAACAUGGCCCAGUGGAAUAGUUUGUUACCUGAACACGUUCUGAAAGAGCUGAUGUUGGACAAACUCCUGAACCGCUACCUCAUGAUGACCCUACUCAAUGAGACCCACUGCCUGGACUCUGUCCGCAAAUGUAAAAAGGUUGCAAUGUAUUUUCCUCAGUCCUGGUUUAAAGACCUGAGCUCCUGUCCCUCAGAGCUGAAGUCGUUCAGUGAACAUCUCCUUCAGACAGUCCAUUCAGUCUGCAAACAGCAGCCUAACCACCCCAACACACGGGCCAUGGUAAGCGAUGUGCUGACUGUUCUGGGGAGCAUCAUGGCCUGGGACAAGGUGGCAACGAUAUCAGACAAAUAUCAUUACAAAGACCUCGUGGACACACUCAACUUAUCAUAUUAGUCUCCUACUUUGUCAACCAUAGAAUGUCAUUUGUAAUUUUGUAUAAUUUUUAACUGGUCUUUUAAAAAAAUAAAUAUAAAAUGUCUGUUUUGUAUA